AUGUAUAACCGAUACGCAGAAUCCUCGAGGGUAAACUGGUUCAGGCACCACGGCCGCCACGCGCCGCCCGAGGAGAAACAGAAAUGGGACAACCUCGUCACCCCACGAGGCAUCGGUCUCAUUCUCAGAAGCAUCACGACAAACUACAAGCUGCCAUUAACUUUCCCGGACAAAGUCAUUGUGCUCCAUAAGCUGGCUGAAAAGCCUACGCUCAUGUCUGACCACCUCAAGCUCGAGGCUCUAAUCAUCUCCAAAAACCACAUGCGCAUAGCAGCCACAUGUUGGGAGGAUAACGUCAUAUACGACUACCGCCUCGGUGCGCGGGCGCACUUGGAACGCGAUAUGGCUGAGAGGCUGGCGGGGGCUUGGGACUACCAAGAAAGUAAGAGGGCUCAUCACCUUGAGCAGGUAUCUGCUAUCGAUAAGGCUUGUAAGGAGUUGGAGAGAGAAGUGGGAAUACAGGGUUAG